AUGGAAUUUUUAAAAAGUUUUGACUCGGAUGACGACGUAGAAUUCGUCGAGACAUUCUUCAAUGUUGUGCAACACGUUCACGCCGAAAAAAGUUCGAAUGCAGCGCGUACAAGGACGGUCGUCAAUCGUGAUCGCCAAGCCGCACACGACUUAUUGGUACGUGAUUACUUUGCCGAUAAUUGUCUUUAUAAUGACGACUCGUUCGAACGUCGUUUUCGUCUGAAUAAGGCUAUAUUUUUACGUAUUAGUAAUGCUUUAGAAUCUCGUUAUGAUUUUUUCAAACAAAAACCCGACGCUAGAGGAAGAAUGGGUUUUAGUAGUAUACAAAAAUGUGCGGCUGCUCUUAGGUAUUUGGGAUACGGUAUAGCAUUUGAUGCAUCUGACGAAUACUUGAAAGUAUCCGAGAGGACCGCGGUUGAAUGUGUAGAUUGGUUUUCUGCAUGUGUUUAUGAGGUUUUUCACGAAGAAUAUUUGCGUAAACCUACUCAACGUGAUAUUGAGAGAUUAUAUUCGGCUCAUGAAGAGAGGCAUGGAUUUCUCGGUAUGCUUGGCAGUCUAGAUUGUACGCAUGUGGCUUGGGAAAAAUGUCCAACUGCAUGGCGUGGUCAGUUCACUCGAGGAGAUAUAGGUGAACCAACUAUCAUCCUAGAAGCUGUUGCAUCUCAAGAUUUGUGGAUAUGGCAUGCCUUUUUUGGAGUAGCGGGGUCUAACAACGACCUUAAUGUUCUUGGUCAGUCUCCACUUUUCAACGAUAUUUGGACCGGCAAAGCACCUGAUAUGACGUUCACGGUAAACGGGCACGCGUACAAAUAUGGUUACUACCUUGGUGAUGGGAUAUACCCGGAUUAUUCUACAUUGAUGAAGGAAUCAGCGAGAAAGGAUAUCGAGAGGGCAUUUGGAGUCCUUAAGCAAACAUGGCAUGUAGUGAAAUAUGCUACACGACUUUGGGAUAAAGAAAGAAUUAAGCGAAUGGUCCUAGCAUGUAUUAUAAUGCAUAAUAUGAUUAUUGAAGAUGAAGGUCGAGCGAUUUGCACAAAUGAAAAAGAUCAUUCACUCCUCAUCCAUCAAGCGGAAGAAGAAAAAACAACAUUAGCAAACAUGGAGAAUGACUACUUCUUCCACGAACAGUUGAGGAAAGAAAUAAUGGAGAAAAUGAACUGUCGUCCCAGGUACGCGAACUAUCUUCAGACCGAAGCCGUUCUCACCACCAGCAUAUACGACGGAACAAAAGCAAUCCAAAUCAUCUACAGCUUGAAGAGAGAGACUGAGUCAAUCAUUGAGAAGCUGAAAAUGGAGAUGAAAAAGAUUCCAGAAGAUGAUCAGUCAUACAUGGACUAA